CGAGUCGCUCUGCGGAGGACGCUGCUGGGAAAGGGCCAGCGCAUCAGCUGCCCGGCCACCCACUGAGCCGCCCCCGCCUGUCGGAAGAGGGCCGAUGUCCCGCCGCGCAGCCUCCGAUUGAGGACGGAGAAGCCCCUGGGGCGGCUGAGACCUCGCGCACUCGCUGCAGAAAUGGUGCUGUCCUGAUUAUUGGUGAGACACCAGUGAAAACUACCAAGGGGACUGUACUGUUACCUCACAACGAUACAUAACUCACCACUCAAUCAUUCAUCAAGUGGACAGAAGCUUAUUAGUAACAGUAUGCUCCUAAAGGAGAGGACAGCUGCAGUUUAGAGGGGCAGAAUAUAGAACUAUGAUAGCAACUGGUGGAGUUAUAACAGGACUGGCAGCCUUAAAGAGGCAAGACUCUGCCAGAUCUCAGCAUCACUUAAAUCUUGCCACAUCAGCAACUUCUGAAGAGAAAAAGCCAGUCAGACGCCGGCCCAGAGCUGAUGUCGUAAUUGUCAGAGGCAAAAUCCGACUUUAUUCCCCGUCAGGAUUUUUUCUUGUUUUGGGAGUGCUCAUUGCAUUCAUGGGAAUUGCAAUGGCUAUCCUUGGAUACUGGCCACAAAAGGAACCGUUUUUAGGUUCUGAAGCUAGUUUAGCUUUAAAUGAAACCCAGGUCAUUACAAAUCAUGGUGGAGUUAUAUUUCGUUUCUUUGAACAACAUUUACACUCAGAUAAGAUGAAAAUGUUGGGCCCUUUUACUAUGGGCAUUGGAAUCUUUAUUUUUAUUUGUGCAAAUGCCAUCCUACAUGAAAAUCGUGACAAGGAAACAAAAAUCAUACAUAUGAGAGACAUAUAUUCCACUGUAAUAGACAUCCACAGUCUGAGAAUCAAGGAACAAAAGCAGCUGAAUGGCGCUUAUACUGGUUUACUGGGGGAAAGUGAACUGAAGCAUAGCGGGAACUCAUGUGCAUCACGGUUGGCUGCAAACACAAUUGCACCUUUCUCUGGCUUCAGGAGUAACUUUCGAAUGGAUAGUUCAGCUGAAGAAGAUGAAAUUGCCAUAAAUGAAGACAAGAACACUUCUAACCUUCUACCACCUUUGCUGACUGAGCAUUCCGGCUCUGUCUUUGGACUUUACCCUCACACUAGCAAGGCAAUGGAUGACAAAAGUAGUAGCUCUAUAAAGUGUGAAACAAAGUCAAUUGUAUCAUCCUCUAUUAGUGCUUUCACACUGCCUGUAAUUAAACUAAAUAACUGUGUUAUUGAUGAACCUAGUAUAGACAAUAUCACUGAGGAUUCAGCAAUCACAAGAAGCCGGUCUAGAAAUUUAUCAAUGGAUUGUCUAGCCAUUCCAUUAACUGACAGCAAUGAAUCCUGCAAACCUGCUGGUGCAAUGCUAUCCCGAAAUAAUUCAUUUCUAGAAUCUCCAUCCAGUCAGUUCAAGUCUUCUAUGACUCUUGGUCCAAGCACUGGAAAACUUUUAUCACCGGGUGCUGCCAGAAAACAAUUUGGGUCCAAUGCAUCUUUGCAUCUUCUCUCUGCACAUUCAAAGUCCUUGGAUUUAGACAGGGGUCCUUCUACACUCACUGUCCAAGCUGAACAAAGAAAACACCCCAGCUGGCCCAGAUUGGAUCGAAACAACAGUAAAGGAUACAUGAAACUAGAAAACAAAGAGGACCCAAUGGAUAGGUUGCUUGUGCCACAAGCCACAGUUAAGAAGGACUUUACUAAUAAGGAAAAGCUGCUUAUGAUAUCAAGAUCUCAUAAUAAUUUGAGUUUUGAACAUGAUGAGUUUUUGAGUAACAACCUAAAGCGGGGAACAUCUGAAACAAGAUUUUAAUAUUUAAAUUACAAUUUAUGAGAUAUCAUACAGUAUUUUAAAAAUAUUUUGACAAGUGUUUUUUUCCAGGGGAACUGGCACAAGCCUGUUUUUACCAAAUGCUUAUGUCACAUUCAGAUUGGCUUGUGUGAAACGAGCUCAUCAUCUCUGUAAUGCCAAGAGUUUCAUGUACUAAUAACA